CGGGAAGAAAGGGAAUUGCGGUUCAGGGUUCCGCGGAUUUCGCGACAUGCUCCAUUGUCGUUGAUUGUAAGCGCGAUGCAUCUGCAAUCCUGCUGCAGGAUUGUUUAGUUGACGAGUUAUGUGUGAACAUUACCUCGUUAAGUGUUGCGAAGCUAGCACGAUAAGAACGCUCCUCGGUGCAAUCAAACUGUACAGGAAAAGUGUAAAAGUGGAAAUUCGUAUCGUGAAUCGUUGUAGUGAAGAAAGUGGUCAGCAGCGCUUAAGUGAUUAAAUAUUCAUCCGGCGACACUCGUGCUUCACAACCUUUUGCGCCCUUUUCUGACAAACUGCGGAUCCCAUUACGGUCCUGGGUGGGCGAAAGAAGAAGAAACGUACGAUGAAAAACAGGACUGUGGCCAGCGCCGGAGCAUUAUAACCGUUUGUCGAGGCCUUCCACUGACACGACGCUUCUUGUGCGGAAAUCCUGCCUUUCUGGUUGUUCUCCAACGGGCAACGCGGCCAAGCGUGAAGCGAGAUGGGCAGUUUACCCAACUUAAGUGAUCUUUCCUCGGAAAAACUCGAAAGAAGGCUCGAGGAGCGGGAGCGCAUUCUCGCCCGGGAGCGUAUAAUCGAACGGGACUUUGGCCGGGAGAAGGACUCCGUUCGUACGCUCGAGCGUCCCAUGCUGGUGCACAAGCAGCAGAUUGCUGCAGCGAAGAACUUCUUUCAGCAAAAAUGUCCUCCGGGGGCACGCAAAGUCAUGCGGACACGCAGUUCCGGCCAAGCGCAUCACAUCUGGGACGAUCCUAUCAUAGAUCAAUAUCUGACAAACUACUCGCCAGCCUCGAACCGUAGCCAUCGCAUCUCGCUCGGUCCGACCCUGGCACCGGCAUAUCAAUUUCAAUCCUCCUCUCUCGGCAAUCGACGCCGCGAUUCGGUGAACAGCUCAAUCGGUGCCACCUCCGUACGGAAGCUUCUGACGGUCCAGAACCGUAGCUACGGUUGCCGACACAAGGUUCCAACGCACGUCCGUUCGAAGGUGACAAAGAACUUCAUCCUGGUGGCGGUAGCGCAUGGACUGAUGUGCGGUGCGCUGGUACCGCUCGUCGUACUGCAAGGAUCGAACUCGACCUGGUUCCAGCAGGAAUCGUGGCUCGCAGCCGGUCCGGACGUCGGCUCAGGGCUGCUCGCCCUUUGCUUCGCAAUUACGGCCGCCAUGUGCCUAGCGACGACGCGGUUAGUGCAACGUUUCGGUUACUCAAUCGUCCUGACGGCCAGUUACGGUGUGUUGUGUCUGUUUCUUGCCUCCCAUAUCUACCCGGUACUGCUAUCCCUUGUGCCGGGGUACCUGUUACUGGGGCUACUCCUUGGUCCAACGGUUAUCUGCAAACAGGCGCUGCUAGUGUCGAUGGCGGGAAAGUUGAGUUGCUCACAGCCGGAGUGUGGUGGUACCAGUACGGCCGGUAUCGGUGCGGACAGUUACGACGAUCAUCGGUUGCUGUGUAGCCGGGAGGAGCAAGUGCGACGCCUAGGCCGAUGGUUUCGGGCGGCCGGUGACUUCGGUAUCAUCGUCGGUACGAUCGUGGCCGCUUUCGUGCUGACCUGUGCCUCUGGCUCGAACCGCAUCGGAUGUUACUAUGUGUCCCGGAUAGCGCCGGACUCGCCAGGUGGUCCGUCCAGUGGAGUAGUCCCCUUUGGGAUGGUGAAUGGAACAUCCUUCCUUCAUCCUAACACCUCAGUGACCUCAGCCGAGCACCCUGGGCGACCGACGGUACUCGGUCCAAAUUUGCCACCGGAACGAGACAUUCUGAUGUCCCUGCCGGAUGAUGAAACGGAAGCACCGCCAACGGUGGCCGUUACGGUGCCACCAGUGCCAUCACCGAAGCCUACGAAUCCAUCGACACCGGUGCCCAAGAUUGUCACUCCUUCGAUGCCAACGUUGCGCGAGACGAUGUACUACUUGUACAACAUACGGCUACCGGAACCGGCCGGUACAGAGGGUGGCCCAGCAGCAGGAGGCCCAGCAUCCAGUACCUCGAGCAGUGCUGCUGCUGCUGCUGCUGGAGAAACACCAGUUCAGUACUUGGAUCGCUUCCCGUACAGUAUGUACGAGAUGAAUGAUAAUGGUGAGCGGAUCUGUGGUUCGCACCUUUGUCCGGUCUGGGAUCGGAACAUCCCGGUCAAUGGAUCGACGGUGGAAAGUGAUGCCAAAUCGCGUGGCUACACCGGUGCGGUCCAGCUGAUGGGCGUAUAUCUGGCGUUUGGUGUGCUGGCCUUUCUGGUGACUGCCUUUACUGCGGAGUACGAGUUUAAUGUGAAGUUUGACUCGAUCCGGCGUAUGUCCGAUACGUUGCUGUUUGCGGGGCCGCUGGCGUACUUUGUCGGUACCGAGCAGGCUUACAUGAUGGCGGAUUUUAUGAAGGCGUUCGUGGCGUGUGAGCUGGGUCCGAACAGUGUCGCCGGGGUGAUGAUCGGAAUGGGUGUUAUGCAGCUGAUUGCCGCCUGUACCCUUAGCAUGCUGCUGCGGCAUACCAAGCGCGUCAUCGUGAUAGUGGCCGGAUUCAUGUUCCAUGCUUGUCUGCUGCUGGUGCUGCUGCGCUGGAAACCGUCGCGCGAUGAUAGCGCCGUGCUGUACGUCAUACCGGCUGCCUGGGGCGUCUGUAAUGCCGUCUGGGAGACGCUUCUGUUUGCGCUGGCCACCAGAACGCAUCCGAACCGGUUCGCCGAGAUAAUGUCACCGCUGCAGGCGCUACGCUUUCUCGGCCUAGCCAUCACCUUCGCUGGCCACGGGGUGCUGUGUGAGUCACCGAAGAUCAUCAUUCUCGCCAUCCUGCUGGUGACGGCGGUCAUACCGUACACGAUGCUCGAGCUGAAGCUCGAGAGCCAACGGCGUGCGAUCAAGCUGAGCUUGUGACGACUGUGUGCGCACGAUUACUAAUGUUUGGUGAAGCAGAAACACUACUGAAUGCUGCUCGCUGUGGUGCAGGGGUAGUGUUUUCUCCAGCAUACGAGCCUUCGUCCCGUUUCGGGGACGAAAUGAAUCCUGGACCCCCGCCAGGAUUGUUCCGAAUUCUCAAGUUAACACAGGGGUUGGUAGUCGCCGUCGUCAACGAGAGCCUUGGAAGCACACAAUCAAUCGAAAAGAAGGAAGAAGGAUCA